AUGAGCUUGCCCACCGCCGUAGAUUCUCUAACGCCGACGAAUGCGUCUGAGGUAGCUGCACUUGCUUCGUUUCACUGGCCCGAUCUUCUCCUCCGUAUGGCGGCUCCGGCGACCGGGCUGCUCUCCUCGGUUGGGGCUCACAGCGAGGAAGAGAGGCGAGAAACAAAUGUGGGCUGUGAAGGAGUGGGGACCGAACCGUUUCCGUGUUUGCCAAGCAGAGCCCCGGAGGAGCAAGAGCGGGACACCGGUAAGAGCCGAGAGCUGCCUCUGAGCGCGGUUCCCCCUGAAAAGCGAGAGGGAAGAAGGGGAAAAUUCGGUUUCCCAGGUCCAUCUUCUGGGCGAAAUGUGGACGGGCGUGCGGGCGGAGACGCGCACAGCUCUCUGCUGGGCGGCAGACUGCACUCCGUCCCCGCGCAUCGUCCUGCGUCGCUUCUUGUUGGCCAGAGGUCGGGGACGCUCGGGGACUCGUCACCUUUAGAGUUUCAGAGCGACACCGGAGAAGUCGCCGCCCUGUCAUCACCGGCGGACACCGAAGCACCACGGAGCCUCGUCAAGGAUAACGUUGUCCAGUUCAUCCUCCAGGAGAUCUGCGAUGUCGCGAAAGAUUGCAAAAGCGAUCUCGAUGACCUCGUCUCUGCGUCCGCUGAUCAAGCGCGUGGGAAGCCUACCCGGCCCACGAAUGGAAACCGAGGCCGCGCCUCGACUCGGAGAGACACAACAAGUUCGGUGGUCUCGAUCAACCCAGCUGCUGGUCUCAGUGUCCCCUCUGAGCACCGUUCCACUGAGGGCGUGGAGAAACAGAUCAAGCAACUGCAUGCGUUCCUCACUCACGAGCUGCUGCCUUCUGUGGACCGAGCGAAAGCGGAGGCCGACGCACUUCGGAGGAGCAAUGCUGUUCUCGGGGAAAGGCUGAGACGCUCUGAGGAACACAGGCAACUCCAGACGGAACAGAUCGAUGACCUUCAGGACGAGUGGAACAGAUCCCAGUUCGAGAAUCGCCACCACCUGGCAGAAGCUGUCGAGAGGCUCAAAGCUGAGAAUUUCCAUCUGAAGUCGCAGCUGGAUCUCACAGAGAAGCAUUUGGACGAUGAGCGGAAGGAAAAGACGACGCUGGAACAGAAGGUUCUGGCUCUUGAGAAGAGAGCGAAAGAAAAGAAAGAGCCGAGCGAGCCCGCUGAGACAACUGCGCUUCGUGAUCAGCUUGCCGCCGUUCGACGCGAAAUGAAGCGUCUCACCACGCUGUCGUCCCAGAAGGACUCGAUGAUCGAGGAUUUGAAGGAAGUCGUUCGCGUGGCGCGUGGAGAGACAGCAGCCAUGUCGGCGCGAGCGCUUCGGUCCAGCCACGGAAGCAUGGCUGUCGACUUUCCGCGAGGGGAGACGCCGACAGCUGCGCCGUCUCCGCUGGCCAGCGAAAUGACUCAUCAAAUGAAGAUGCGCAUGAUGGGAAGCAGCGCGUUCCAGGCUGGCGGACCCGUCAGUGAGCGGUUGGAGCGGAGGAAGGAGAUGCAGCGCGUCCGCAGGAGCUCGGGAGACUCUUCCACCAGUCGCGUGGACCAUCAGGAGUCGCUCGCAGCGGAGCUUCUGGGUCAGGAGGGGAAGGCAGGCAAAGGAGACGGUGGCUCAGCUUUCGGCGUCACCAACGGCGCGUCGUCGGUACACCCGGGAUCUGCGCCGCAGGGGUCGAGGAACGGAGCUCGUGAGAAGGACGGAGGAGAUCCAGAGAAACAGACGGCUUUCGGAGGGAGCGGCGAGACGCCGAGAGUCGGCUCUGCACGAGGCGACGGGCAUGCACUGUGUGAAAGGCGGAUCGAAGCACUUCAGCAUGAACUGGAAGAGCUGAAGAAGAACCACGCGCAGCUCCUCGAUCGAAACGAAAUCCUGAAAAAGUACAACGUCACUCUGGAAAAGCAUUUCGAGGCGGAACUGUUGCAGUACGUAAAAAAGGACGAAGUCGAGAGGGUUCAGAGGGCGUAUGAGGCGGCGCGAGCGCAGGCCGAGACCCUUUCUGCACGUUGCGAAAAGGCCCGAAUGGAACAAGAAGACACGCAGGCGAUCGAGAGGCGCGCGGCAGCCAUGGUUCCACGUGAGGAGGCAGAAAAGAAGGCGGAGGCGCUACGGAGGGAGAAGGAGGAGAUCGCGCGAGAGAAAGACAAUAAGGUGAAGAAGGCGGUGGCGGAGAAGGCCCAACUGGAGCGGAGGAAAGACGAAGAGAUCAAGGAACUUUCUGGAAAGCUUGCGGAGUUCGAGAGAUGCAUGAAAACGGCAGAGUCCGAGCGCGACAAGCUCAGGAAGCUGCUAGAACUCGAGAAGAAAGACAACGUGGAGUUGGGUGGGCGCCUGGCGGCGUUGCAGGCUGCGGCCGAGAAGGAGGCAUCGACGCUCAAGGGGGUUUUGGAGAAGGAGAAGGAGGCGAGAGGAAUUCUCGACAAUGCUCGCCUUCAGAAAGAGGCAGAGUUGGUGGCGCGUCAGAAAGAAGUAGCGAGACUAAGUGAGGAAAUACGGGCGCUGAAAGAGGAGCAAAAGACGAAGCAGGAAGAAAUGGAGAAGCAGUUGGAAGCGCAGGAUGCAGAAGUGCGCCGAGUGAAGGACCGCCACACCACGGUUCUGGCUGAGAUGGACUCUUUCCAAAGAGAGAAAACGCUUCAACACGAGGCACUCAGUAAGGCCUUAAGCGAGUUAGAUUCAGUGAAAGCCAAACAAUCCGCCCUCCAAGAAGAGGCAGCGGCUCUGCGUUCGCAGCUCGAUCGGGCCCGCGAAGAGAAUCGCAAGAUGUCGGAGACACUUGAAGCUGUACGGGCGAGUCGCGCGGGCGACCACGCCGCACUUGAGGAGACGCAGACAGACCUCGAUAGGACAGAAAACUGGGCAAAAAUGCUCGAGAUUGGAAAAAGCGAGGUGGAGGCCCAGUUGGCCAAGUCCUCCGCAGAAUGUAGUGCCAUUUCCCACACAUGUGCGAUGCUCAAGGAAGAAGUCGAAACGAUCAAGAAAAAGCGAGAAAAGGAUCUCGCGGCGUUCAAGACGCGUCUGCAGCAAAAGAACAACGAGAAAAAAAAACAGAUCCUUCAGAUGCUGGAAGUGAACGAGAACCUGGCAAUGCGCAAGGAAGAGAUGGAAACGCGCUUCGUCGAGCAGCUUCAGGAUGCCCGGCGUGACAUUGACAGGCUCGUUGGUCUUCACGUACGGCAGUCCUACAUGAGACGAGGGUCUCAACUUUCCCUUCCGGCUCCUCCGAAGAAUCUCUCUUCUUUCGCCAACCAGAUGUGGCACAUGCACGAAGCGAAGGCAGAUUCCCUCCCCGACUUAACCGAGCGAACAUCGUCGCUCAAAUCGGCACGGAAGACUCAUCGUGCCGUCGCCAUGUACAGGCCGGUGGCCCUUUCGAUCCAGAAUUUGGUCCACCAUUCACCCGGAGCCGGCGGUGAGAAACGCAGGACGACGCCAGGGUCUGGAGACUCUCUUGGAGAAGAUGAAUCAGAUCUUUUGGAUUUCAUCCCAGACUUAGUUUCGAGGAUCCGCAGCAAAUUCUUCAAAGGGCAGAACGCGUCCGAAGGAAACUUCCACGAACAGUCUCCACGGUUACCAGAAGAGUCUACUUCAAGUGCGAGUGAAGUGGAACGCACCUCCUCUUCUCGACGCUCCUCGACUUCCUCAUCUCCUCGGCGCUCGGACAGCGUAGAGAGUUCAGGCAGUCUCGGAGCUCAGAAUUUGCAUUGGGCGCCGUCUCGAGGCUUCGCAAAGAGUCGGUCGUUUCUUCGGUCUAUGAAGUCCGACUUUCUAUCAGGAAAGUACCCCCCUAUGGUUGCAAUGUGGGAACCCACCAUUGACGAGACGACCGACAAUGGUGCACGGCUUUCAUAUGCUCGUGAGGAAGGCGGUGCGAAUCCAGUACACCGCGAUCGCUAUUCGUCUCCAUGCAGAUCGUCUGAGAGCCUUCCUGCGAUUCGCAUCACACCCGGUAGUAUUUUUGGCUCUUUUCCUGGUCGGAAGCAGAGACCAACGGGCGUUUGGGAGGAAAUGGAAGAGAUAUUCCCGCAGAAAGAAACAUAUCAAAGAAGAGAUGUUUCCACUGUAAGUGUGGCUGAACCAAGAAGCGAUAAAGGAUGCGACGAAGCGGGCACCGAGUCGGGUGAAAAGGACGGGGAAGGAAGAAACCGAAUAAAAGAAACCUCCCACACGACUGACCAUCCCCUAGUACCAAAACGAACUAGACGACCUCGCGAGUUAAUGAAUUACAUCGACGUGGAAAGCCGAACGUUCUACACACCACGCCGUAGGUGA